AUGUUGGUGAAGAGCAACCCCGAUACCUUGCAAUGGUCACUAUUGUUAUUUCUGAAGCAGUGUAUCCUCCCCAUCAAGACGCACCAGCAGCGCCAGCAGGUGCUCCUCCCGCGGCCGACAACAGCGAUUGGCUCAAAACCUCGCGCCCAGUUGAAGUCCGUGGAAGACCUCUUCCCCAAAUACGUACAAUGGUGCCGCGACAUCUUCCAAAGGACCGCACUGGAACAAGGCGCUGAAGGAACACCCGAAGAGUUCCUCAAGAUCAUCAUCCCCCGCGCAGUCCGUCAUGUCCGCCUCAUCGCUCGGAUUGAAGGCGCCGAGUCUGCGAUUGACUUCAUGAAUACUGAUGGUACUAGUCCGUUGCACUGGGUCAUGUGGAAGGUACGGAGAGAGUGGGAGCAGGGGAAGGAGGCAGCGGAGAGGUCGGAGGACGAUGAUGAGAUGGAUGAGGAGUUGCUGGACGAGAUAGGGUUUUGGGGGUGA